CCUGUGUCUUGCGCAUGCGCGACCAGGAUUGGGACGCCGUUGCCGUGGCUGCAGAGUGACGGACGGAACCCCAGGCCUUAGGGGGUCCCCCGCCCCACAGCGAGGGGUCGCGGCCCUUCAGCCCCUGGCGUCCUCAGCCAACGCUUCGCGGGAGCCCCGCAGUGAGCGCCCGGCCCGGCGCCGCCUGAGCGCGCGGCUAAUCUGGGUUUGGCCGCGGCGGUGGGCGGAAAGUUCCCGACGCUGCGGGCCCGGACGCCCCUGGGGCCGGGGCCUGUGAUGGGCGAGGGGACUCCCCGCGGCCCUGCCCCCUUCUGCUGCUGCGCCCGCUGAGCUGGCCGGGCCGGGCCGGGCCGUCCCGCCGGAGGAUGAAGAAGAUCUUCGGCUUCGGGAAGAAGAAGAAGGGUCAGUCGCCGUCUAGCCGCGCCUCGCUGCCCGGGGUCGGCUACGAGCUGCGGGAGAAGGAGCUGGGCAAGCUGCACCGAGCGGCCGCCGGCGGGGACCUGGGCAGGCUCCAGCAGCUGCUGAAGAAACACGACAUCAACCAGCUGGAUAAAGAGAACAGGACACCUUUGCAUCUUGCCUGUGCUAAUGGACAUUCAGAUAUUGUUAACUACUUAGUGGACAACAAGUGCAAACUAAAUCUGUGUGACAAUGAUAACAGAUCUCCAUUGAUGAAGGCAGUACAAUGCCAACAGGAAAAAUGUGCAACUAUGCUGCUAGAACAUGGUGCAGACCCUAACCUUGUGGAUGUUAACAGCAACACUGCCCUUCACCUGGCUGCCCAGACUGCUAAUAUAUCUCUAGUAGUACAAUUGCUUGAGUACAAUGCCCAUAUUGAUUCACAGAAUAAGGAGGGGUAUACACCGCUAACUAUUGCUAUAACUGAAAAUCACCAAGAGAUGGUAGAGUUUCUUCUUAGAAAAGGAGCUGAUGUACAUGCUAGAGACAAGUCUAAAAGAACACCCCUCAUGAUUGCUGCCUCUGGAGGAGAGCUUAGUUUAAUAAAAGUUCUCCUUCAGUACGGUGCUGACGUUUCCCAUAAAGAUAUAAAUGGAUGGACAUCUGAGGACUAUGCUCUUAUUGGUGGAUACUCUGGUCUUAGUAAACAACUUUCUGAGUAUGCCAACUGGAAUAAUGUAGAAAAACCUUCUCCAAACAAUACAAAAGGCAUGUCGGUGUUUAGCAGUCCAGACAGGGUUGGAGACGUUGGUUUUGCUUUGGGAGCACCUGCUACAGAUAAAGAAGUUAUAGAUGACCUGUCCCAAGGAGAUUCACUAAGAAGUUCUGAAAAAGAUGAAGGGGAUGACAGCUGGCUUACAUCAGAGGAGGAAGAACUAGAUUUUAACCCCAAGAAACCACAGAAGCCAAGUUUGACUCUGCUAAUGAACUCUUCCCAUCAAUUCAAGAAAAACAUAGGUGAGAAAAGUAGCAUUAUGAGAACAGAACAUAUAGCCAUUUCACAGCAAAAUAAAUCAAAUUGUGAAGCUGAAGAUGUCAUUGAAUCCCCUCCUAAGCCUUUUUCCCAAGUCAAGUCCUACCCUCGACCUCUCCAUCCCUCACCUGGCUCCUGUUCAAAACCUUCCCAGAUGACUCCUCCUCUCCUGGGGUUUAAACAGGAAGAAUCAUCAGAGGAGGAAGAUGACAUAAAGCAACCACAAAUUUCAAAUGUUAUAGAUAAAAGUUUGAUUUGUAAUGGAAACCAUGAAGCACAGAAUCCCUCAGAAGAUACUGCUGUUAGAAAAGAUACAAUGUCAGUAUUAGAAUUGGACGAGGAGGAGGAUACAGAAUCACCCUGGGAUUCAGAGUGUGCUUCUGAAAGUCCAAGAAAACUACCAGUCAACCUAUUAAUUUCAUCUGCUGUCAGAACUGACACACACAUGCAGAGUAUUUUUGAGGAACCAAAUGAAGGUUUUUGUGAAAAAACUCUUGAUUCACAGCCAAAGACCACUCAAGCAAUUUUAGAAACAAAUGACACCUCUUCUUGUCCUGCAAAGGGAAUCGAGACUGGCAAAAGGCAAAAAUCAGAUUUAAUGGAAGAACUUGGUUUAGAUGAUGCAGAUGAUAUUGAAGAUGUAUCAGACUGGGAUUCUACUAGCAUUUCACUUAAAAAUUUACCGGGUACUAAAAACCCUAAAGUUUUGACAUUUGGGAAUCCUUCAUCUUUGCUACCAGCGUUAACAGCAAAGGAUGAUGCAGCAGCCACGGCUUCUGGAGUUAUUCCUCCAAGAUUAGAAGAAAUGUCAAAAGCUCAAACUGUGACUGCACCAGAAAAUACCCAUUUAUAUUCUCUCCAAAAACAACUCCUGCCAGUAACACUGAAAAGCAAAGAUGAACUAUCCGAGCCUUCCUUUAAUAUGCCAUCACCAGAUGAAGAACGAGAAGAUGCAGGUGAAAACUGCAAGAAGCAGGAUAAACACGUAUUAGACACAACCAACUUGACAGAAAAAACAGCAUCUGAUAAUCAGACUGACAAAACAGAAAUUUCAUUUCCACGUCCAGAAAUGAAAACUGAGCCACUAAAACAAAAUGAGGACUCACAUGAUGAUAUUGUGCAAUUAAAUCCAAAACUUUGGGAAGAAAGAUAUGAGAGAAUGUGGGUUGAAAAUGAGAAAAGGGAAGUGAAAACAAAUUUUAAAAGCAUUACAGCAGAGCUGAAGCAAAUGUUUGGUGAAAUUACUGGUAAUGAAUUUCAAAAAACUAUGCUCAUGGAAGAGACAUUACAAGAUGGCUUCAGUGAAGAAUUGGAGAGCAUUCACGAAGCACCACAUAAUUUGACAAAACCCACCAGUAGAAUAGAAGGAAGAAGUGAAUUUAUGGACCUGUGCUCUGUGCCUGAACAGAAGGAAUCCAGCAAUGAAAACGUAAUUUCCUAUGCUUUAAAUUCCAGUUCUCAUGAGCAUCCCAAUCAGUAUAGUGUCAGGCUAUGUGAAAAUAACAAACCGUGUAUUGAACAUAUAUGGAAUGUAAAUGAAGAGGGUUUUACUAACAAUGCAGAAAGCAAAAAAGAAGCUGUAAACAAAGGGAGGGAAGACCAAAUAGCUGCUAUGGAAAUAGAAGAAAAUGUGAAUGGAAAUAUUUCAAAUUUAGAGAAUAGUCCUGGCUAUUCACUAAAACAUAGUUUGAAAGAAAGCAUUUUGGAGAAAAGAGCUAAUAUUCCAGAUGUUGUGAGACCUGUUUCUACAGAUGAUAAAAACACACUUCUUGCUAUAGCAAAAACCGAACGUGGAAAAGAUUCACGCUAUUUUAAUGAUAAUAUUCCCAAAGACUGCUUUGUUGGCAAUCCUAAAACUAGUAAUACUGAAAUUGAAAGUAAUUUGGGAAACUCUCGACAAUCUUAUGAUGAAACUUUGAAAAGACCGUUGGAUGAAGAACUGGAACAAGAUAUGGAAAGAUUUAAGAAUGAGGUAGGAAUGCUGCAGAUAGUAUUCCUGGCUUUGGAGAAAGAGAAAGUACAACUACAAAAAGAGGUAGAAGAGGAAAAGAGAAAGCAAAAAUGUGGGGAAAUGUUGGCAAUGGAGAAAAGAGAAGAUGCUUAUAAGUCACAUAUGCAAAUAUUGGCUGGAAAUGGUAUUAAUCAGCAAAUGAAACAGAAACUUACUAUAAAAGGGAACCAAUAUUCAACAGUAGAAAGUGGAGAAACCACAGAAGAAGAAAAACACAUGAAGAACAGUAUUUCUUCUAAGGAAAGAGCAAAGUUCAUUCAAAUACCUUUGAAGGGUAGUAAUUCUGCCUUGAAUGUGAAGGAUGUAAAGAAAAAUGAAAACAAAAAGCGGAUUUCAAAACAGAGAGGUAAUCAGCAGAUGAAUUCUACCAAUGGAAAUCAAUUCCAAGUACUGGAUGAUAGCACUUUGAGUGAAACAUCUCAGGAUGAAGAAAGACCUGGAGCCAAAACAGUAGAUGAAAGGAACAAGAUUGGCAAACAGAUGGAUGUUGCAGAUGAUUUUGAUGAAUUAACACAGUCUUCUGAUACAGCUACAGAGGACUUAGAGUUGCCUGCUUCAGCCUACAGAGAUGCUAUGUUGCUGAUAGAACAGCUUAGUAUGGAUGGCAAAGCAGAUUCUAUUAGUCUCUUGAAAAUUCAGAACUUACUUCAUGGAUAUGAACGAUUAAUAGACCGUGAAAAGGGCCGCUAUACACAGCUCUUGGGAAAAGUAAGAAAGCUGGAGAAUGAAAAGAAAGAGCUACAAACAGUAUUGGACGAGACCAGAGAAUUGAAAUCCAUGCUGGAUCACCACAAAAUGGAAUGGGAAAGCGAUGUCAGCAGUCUCAAAUUUACUUUGAAACAAGAAGAAGAAAGGAGAAUGAGUACAGAAAUGCUGUAUGAAAAAAACAGAGAACUGCUUAGAAAGAAAGAAGAUCAGUACUGUAAAGAGAUGGAGGAGAAACAACAGCUUGAGCUAACCCAAAGGAGUCUAGAAAUGGAGUUGAGAACAUUGAGAAAUCACUUGAAACAGGUUGAAGAAGAACGUAAUGAAACCCAGAGACAGCUCUCUCAAGAACAGAGUGCCAGAGCUCUACAAGAGGGUAUUUUGAACAAUCAUCUUUGGAAACAGAAAGAAAUAGAAGAAGAGACUAAAAUAACAGUAGCUAAAAGUUCAGAAGUACCUGAUAAUCAGAGAGAAAAGGAUCUGUUACACAAAAAUCAGAUACUGCAAGAUGAAAUUGCUAUACUAAGACUAGAGCUUGAUCAAAUAAGAAUUCGGCACCAGGAGGAAGAAACCAAAUAUUUAGAAGAAAAUGAGGUCUUGAAAGAAAAAAAUGAAGAUCUUAGGAAGGAGCUAAAACUCAAUGAGGAGGCUUUGACACAAACAGUUUUUCAGUACAAUGGACAGCUGAAUGUAUUAAAGACAGAAUCUGCAAUGUUAACUUCCAAAAUAGAGCAUGCAAAAGAAAAUAAAGAUAGACUGGAGACAGAGAUGGAAUCAUUCCGUUCCCGUUUGAACUCUGCUGUUCAAGAAGUUGAAUGCUGUCGGAAAUCAAAAAGUGAUGUUGAGCGAACACUACAAAGAGAGCGUGAUGAAUGGCUUCGUUUGCAAGACAAGCUCAAUCAUGACCUGUCCAAUCUGCGAGACACGAAUAAUAUCUUGUCUCAACAGCUUAGUAAAGUCGAAACUAAAGCUAACAGUCUAGAAAAUGAACUUCACCAUGUAACACACACACUUAGAGAAAAAACUUUGCUUUUAGAAAGUACUCAAAGAGAUCUAAGUCAUGCACAAUGUCAGGCAAAAGAACUUGAUCAUGCCCGACAAAUUGAGAAGGAUCAAAUGAACAAAUGUAUUGUAAAACAGGAAUCUAUGCAAGAACGAUUGGCACAGCUCCAAAGUGAAAACGUCUUACUCCGGCAGCAAUUGGAAGAUAUGCAAAACAAGGGGAUCAUCAAAGAAAAAGUUGUGAGUGAUGUCCAAGACAGAUUUAGUGAUAUAUUCAGUAAACUUAGAGCUGAUACUGAAAAGCAAGUUCAUAUGAUGGAAGAGAGAAAUAAGGAAUUAAUCACAAAAUGUAAUAAUUUAAGGGAGCAAGUCUUUAAAUACGAAACAGAGAAAGUAGAAAGAGAGGGUACAGUAAGACAACUGCAGCAAGAACUUGCUGAUGCUCUUAAAAAGCAAUCAAUGUCAGAAGCUUCACUUGAAGUUACAACACGUUAUCGCAACGACCUGGAAGACGACAAACUACAUUUGCAAAAGGAAAUAGACAAAAUUAAAACCAAGCUGCAAGAAUCAGAAGAUCAAUAUAUUCAGUCUGAACGACGUAUUCAUGAUUUGAAGAAUGCACUGGAUAGUAAAGAACGAGAAGUGAAUGCUUCUUCCCAGAAAUUGCAAGACCUUCUAAUAGCAUCAUCUGGAACAAAUAAUGCUAUAAAACAACUGGAAGAACAUAUACAAAGACUUGAAAUUGAAAAUGCCAGAUUGGAAGCUACAACCAAACAGCAAACAAGCAGAAUUGAGGUACUUCAGAAAGACCUGCAGGAUUCUGCUUCUGUUCAUAAUCGCCUUGAAGACUUGAUAACAGGCUUACAGACAGCAAAAAUCAAUUUAGAAGAACAGCUAAAUCAGCAGGUCCAAAAACAAACCAUGCUGUCAAUCACUGCAAAAGAUACACAUAAUCUGUGGGAGGAGGAGUUGAAGUCCAGAUCCAAACUUGGAGUUCGUCUAUCUCAACUGGACAGGGAAAAGGCUGAGAUGUUGGAACAAUUCGAGAGUGAAAGGAAAAAAGUGAAGAAGCUAGUAGAGUUAAAACGAUCAGUGGACGUCCGACUGGAUCAAGAAAUGAAGAGAAACAGUGAAUUGCAAAAAGAAUGUAAUGGAAUGAAGAAACUUCUAAAAACAGUUAAGAAGAAACUAAAGGAAUAUGAGAAUGGAGAGGGUGUGUCCCAGUUUAGUUUCCAGGGAGAACUGAAGAACAGAUAUUCUGAAAUGGACAAUGAAGUUAGUAGAUUAAGGACACAGACAGAUGACCUUUCCAAAAAGCUGGAUAUAGAGUCAAAAAAAAAUAUGCAGUUAGAGUCUACAAAUCGUGAUCUGCGAGAACAGUUGUCUUCUAUGAAGAUACUGCAUAAGAAUCAUGAAAAGCUGGAGAAGAGCAAAUGGCAGCUGGAAGGAGAAGUAGCUCAUCUCAAACAUCAAGUAGAGACUAAUAUGAUGGACCACAGUCAAAUAGAACAGUAUAAAAGAGAGAUUGAAGAACGAGCUAGACAAGAAAUAAGACAAAAACUAGAAGAAGUCAAUCUAUUUUUGCAGACGCAGGCAGCCUCCCAAGAGACAUUAGAACAAAUAAGAAUUACUAAUAAUGCUUCACUGAGAAACCAACUGGAGCACAGAAUUAGAGAUCUAGAAUCUGAACUGGCUAGAAUAAAAAACACACAAGAAGACAGUAUCUUUCAAAAACAGUCUACGCAGACAGAACUGGAAAGAUACAAAGAUCUUUAUUUGGAAGAAUUAAAAAUUAGAAAAUCACUAGCAAGUAAACUGGAUAGAGCUAAUGAAAAGAUAGCAGAGGCCAAUGCUAAACUCCUUCAGGAGCGCCACAGGAGCAAAUCUUUAAUUGCUAACAGCAUUGUAAAUGGAAGUCUUUCUGCAAGUCCAGUCCUGGAUACAACUCAGCUUGGCAAUCUUGGCAAUAAUUUAACACUACAUAGAAGUCUUGGUCUUGGAGGAAGUUUCAUAAACCCAACUGGAAAUGCAUUAUCUUCAAAAAACAGAGUGGAAGCUUAUCUGGCUAAGAUGCAGGCGGAACUAGAAAAAAGUAUCACUAAAGAACUUGACCAAGCCACAGCUGAACUUGAAACUGGAUCUGUAAGAGUCUCUCCUGUAGGAUCUACUGAUGGAUCUUCAAAAAAUCUAAAUGUGGAUCAGGAUCCGGUUUCCAGGGCAACACAGCAGUAUCAAGAUAUUUUAAAGAAAAAUUAUAUGAUUUGAACAAAACAUUAAAGCAAGUUUGUGGAAAUGAUUUUGUUUACAUAACAUUUUAAUGGUUUCCCAUUAAAUGGGUUCAGAUGUGAAAAAUCUUAAUUACAAUUUAUAUA